GACGGCGGCGGAGCGGGCAGUGCUAGAGGAGGAGUUCCGCUGGCUGCUGCACGACGAGGUGCACGCGGUGCUGAGGCAGCUGCAGGACAUCCUCAAGGAGGCCUCUCUCCGCUUCACUCUGCCAGGCCCAGGCACUGAGGGGCCUGCUAAGCAGGAGAACUUCAUUCUGGGCAGCUGCAGCACAGACCAGGUGAAGGGCGUGCUGACUCUGCAAGGGGACGCCCUCAGCCAGGCGGACGUAAACCUAAAGAUGCCCCGAAACAACCAGCUGCUGCACUUCGCUUUCCGGGAGGACAAACAGUGGAAACUGCAGCAGAUCCAGGAUGCCAGGAACCACGUGAGCCAGGCCAUCUACCUCCUCGCCAACCGGGAUGAGAGCUACCAGUUCAAGACUGGCGCCGAGGUCCUCAAGCUGAUGGACGCUGUGAUGCUGCAGCUGACCAGAGCCCGGAACCGGCUCACCACCCCGGCCACCCUCACCCUGCCCGAAAUCGCUGCCAGCGGCCUCACGCGGAUGUUCGCUCCCGCCCUGCCCUCCGACCUGCUGGUCAACGUGUACAUCAACCUCAACAAGCUCUGCCUCACUGUGUACCAGCUGCAUGCCCUGCAGCCCAACUCCACCAAGAACUUCCGCCCGGCCGGAGGCGCGGUGCUGCACGGCCCCGGGGCCAUGUUUGAGUGGGGCUCCCAGCGCCUGGAGGUGAGCCACGUGCACAAGGUGGAGUGUGUGAUCCCAUGGCUCAACGAUGCCUUGGUCUACUUCACCGUUUCCCUGCAGCUCUGCCAGCAGCUCAAGGACAAGAUCUCCGUGUUCUCCAGCUAUUGGAGCUACAGACCCUUCUGAGCAUGGCGCCCAGGAGCCUGUCCCCAGGAAGGUGGCCUGUCCCCCCUUGCAGUGCCAGCCAGAGCCAGCUCCGGCUCUGCAGGCUGUUGAUCUCCCCUCUACCCUGUCUUGCCCGA